UGUUGUCCUUAAUUUCUAAUUUGGACACAUUUGGUCCCUCAAUUAUUCGACCCGUAGUCGUUUUGGUCCUUCCGUGAGUUUGUAAUUCUAACACCGUUUAAAGCAUGGGUAUACAUGUAAUUUCACAUUUCAUUUACUCGGCCAACUGUCUUUCCACCCUUCCUCCGCCAAGUCUCGCAUUUCCGCCACCACUCCUCAACCCUAACCUUCGAAUUGAAGUUGCCAUUGACAGCUUUCUACCUCUUCGAAUAGAAGACGCUAUUGAAGAUAAUGUCUUCAAGCACUGUGGGUUCAACACAAUGGAUGGCAGAAGUGCGAUGUUGGUGCGGCAAAUUGGCUCCGGUCAAGAUGUCGUGGAGUACUACGAAUCCAGGGAAGAGAUAUAGAGCUUGUCCACAUUAUGGAGGUAAUGGCAGCUGUAGGUAUUUUGAAUGGAUUGACUCCGAUGUCUCAGAGCGUGUUUCCAGAAUUAUUAGAGUGCUAUUGAAAAGAUUGGAUAAGAAGGAGAGUGAAAUCCAAAGGCUAGAAAUCAUAAUUGAAAAAGAAAAUGGUGUGAUUAUGAAGAUGAAGUUGGAGUCUAUGUUUCACUUUUUCUAUGGGUUUGCAUUUGGAAUUGCAGUUGCCCUUAUUUGUAUGAGACUUGGGAUGAAAACUGGUGAACCAAGUCCAAAGCUUUUCCAGCUCCAUUAGGAUUUA